UAUUCUAUUUUGAAAACAUUUCGUUCCCUUGGUUACGGCAGUAAAUAGGUGUUUGAUAAGAACAAAACGUAAUUUGGUUGAGUUAUAAAAUGAGUUACAAAGAGCGUUGUAGAACUUGCUUAGGCAUUGAAAAGGAAAUGCGACACGUUCAUACAGUUUUAUCUAUAGCCGGGGAUGAUGUUCGCUUGUCUGAUAUUUUACAUAAUUUUUAUAACUACACGAUGACGGAAGAUGAUUCGCUUCCCGAAAAUCUUUGUAUAAACUGUAUUCAUCAUUUAACAGUAACAUAUUCUUUUAAAACACUUAUUGAAUCAAGCGCUAAAACUCUCUCUGAAAAUUUGAAACUUGUCGAUUCUACUAGUGAUAAUAAUGACGCUAGUUUUGAAUCCGACGAUCACAAACCGAUUAAAAUAUUCCGUAAACCAUGUGAUAGACGGCGAUUCAUCAACAGAAUCCAAAGAGAGACAAAAAUAGAAACAGAGAAUAAAUUAUUGUUUUGUGUGGAAUGUAAGGCCGAAUUUAAUUCGGUAAAAUCUCUGAAUGAACAUUGUGUGAACAGUCACCCGGUGAAAUCUGUUGUAGGACGGGACUGCGAUUAUUGCAAUGAGAAAUUCGAAGAUUUCCGCUCCCUUGUUCUUCAUAGGAAGUUGCAUUUAAAGCCAUUUAUAUGUGAAAAUUGCUGGGAAGGUUUUUACAGCACUGAUGAUUUGAGCCGUCAUUCUUGUCAACCAAACAUUAAUAACAAAGACAAAAAUAAAUCAGAGAGAAUUUUACGGCAGUGUGAUCAAUGUGGAAAGUCGUAUCCGCCUGGGUACAUACGAAUACACAUGCUAACACAUAGCAAUGAUCGAGCGUACAGCUGCAAAUUUUGCCCAAAAAAAUUUAAAGUACCUGGUAGUUUACAUUCACAUAUAUUAUGGAAUCAUAAAAGGACACGAAAUCACAAGUGCGAAGUUUGUAAUGCCACUUUCAUAUCAUCAAGUUCACGUAGCUCACACAUACGUAAAAACCAUUUGAAGGAGAAAAAAUAUGGUUGCGAAAAUUGUGGAAAGAGAUUCUUCUCAAAAUCUGAACUGCAGAGACACUCCUUGACUCACACCGGAGUCAAGAAUUUUCAUUGUCAUAUGUGUAACAAGUCUUAUCAAACUAGAUAUGGUUUAAAUGUACAUUUAAAAUCUCAUACACAAAUGUCUCUGAAUGUACUGAAUUUAUAAAAAUAUAGACUGAUCCAAAAUAUAAGUACAAAGAAACU